ACUGGGGCGGGGGAGGCCCACUUGCCUUCCUGCCCCUGAGGCUGGGCUGACCCCUAACCCUCUACCUUGCCUCCCCACCUCCCAGGUGAUGUUCCCUAUUUUCCUGGGUGAGCCAGUAUCUCCUGAGAUGUUGGAAGCCACGCUGGCUGAAUUGGAUGUGACCGUGCAGUUGCUUGAGGACAGGUUCCUCCAGAACAAGACCUUUCUCACCGGGCCCCACAUCUCGCUGGCUGAUCUGGUAGCCAUCACAGAGCUGAUGCAUCCUGUGGGUGCUGGCUGCCAAGUCUUUGAAGGUCGACCCAGGCUGGCUGCAUGGCGCCAGCGUGUGGAGGCAGCAGUGGGGGAGGAUCUCUUCCGGGAGGCCCAUGAGGUCAUCCUGAAGGCCAAGGACUCUCCACCUGCAGACCCCACCAUAAAGCAGAAGCUGAUGCCUCUGGUGCUGGCCAUGAUUCAGUGAGCCGGGAAGCCCAAGUCCCUGUGCUUGACCGUGGCAGUUCAGAAAGCACCUUCAUUUCCACUGUCCCAUGGGAGGCAGGCUCAGAGGGCAGUAGUGAUUUGCUUGUUCAGUCCCACUGCACCUGUGCUCCCCAGGUCAGGUCCCUGCACCCGAACCAUCUUGCACAGCUGCCUAAAAGCCACAAUGAGAACGGAAUAGCCAGAUCUUAUCUCCUUUAAUCACUGCAUCUUGUUUUCAGUUUGGGAAAUAAACCUGGGCUAAGCCUGAGCCUACGCUUCUAACU